ACUCGCACCUUUCCUCCCACAACACGAGAGACUCCACUCCUUCUGUUUCGCGGUCACCUGCUGUACUGUAGCGUUCACUCGUGUUUUUUAUACGCUUUUUUUAAAACGAGUUUGGACGGAUACUUUAUCCCUGUGCGCGUGGGUGUGUGUGUGUGUGUGUCUGAGAGCUCAGCCAAACUGUGUGUGUGUGUGUGUGUGUGUGUGCGCGCGCGCGUCACUGAGCCUCACGACUCUUCUCUCCCGGUCACACUUCUCCAACAUCGCUCGUGCGGGUCGUCGUGCGGUGGUGAAUAGGCUUGAGAAGCGAACGGUGUGAAAAGUGUUGGAAUGCAACAGGAUUAUCAUCUGACCUUAACUCAGAGGAGGUGAACCGACCAGACCAUUAGAUCACACUCUCUUUUUUCCUCCUCCUGAUCUUUGCACUACCAUGCCUUUGAGGUUACGAUGUCUACGCUGAACCACAUCUUUCUGACGGACAAGGACGAGGACGUCGACAAGAAACUGGACUGGAGUUACAUUGAAUGGGCUGAAAAUGAAGUUGUCGCCACAGGUGUGGCACACGCACAGACACAAACAGACCGGGGACCCGUCGAGCACAAGGGGAGUCAGACCACCAACCCGGUAUUAAUGCACAUAGACCUGAUACGGACUCACUCCAAGCAGAGACACUUGUCUCUGCCGGAUGGCGACGGUUUGGUAGGACCUUUGUUCCAGUUCGACCGACAGGCCCCGGCUCGCAUCUCCACAUCUCCCACUCUGAGGAGGAUGAGGAGCACCAGACGUCCACUGAUGGAGUCUGUGGACCAGCUGAUGAUCACACAGGAGGAUCCUUCGCCUGCAUGCACGGCGUCCUCCACAAGCACUGUGUCCCCGUUACGCAGAGUCAUAUCUCCCCUCGCGGAAAACCCUCCCUUUGACGGAGAGAUCUGUCACCAUCAUCAGUCUGUUUCAUCAUGUGGCCGACAGAGAACCAGAUCACAUAGAUCAAAGGCGUUUGAAAAUGGUACUGCUUUCCCAAGGCAAGAAUGUCUCAGUGCUCAUCCUAUUCUUACUAAAGAGUUUGGAUUUCCUGACGUGGAAGUGCAGGAAAAAGACAACUGCUACACACGGCCUCAGGAACGACGACGCAGUUCUGUGGUCGUCAGUUUGCCAGGACUGGACGUUUCACCGGGAGACUUGUUUGUAUCUAAUGGAGCAGCUGGAAUAUUAAAUGAUAAUAAGAAGACAAAGUGGCCUUUUUCUCGGCGAAAUACGACUAAAGGGAAGUCGCAGACGGGCACAGUGUCAGAUAUUGAAAAAUAUCUGUCAACAGCACAGAUUCAAGACUGGAGGAACAAUGAACUUCAGAAGUAUAAGGACUUCUCUCUGGCAGAGUUCCUGCGGGACCAGUCUUCCCAGGUGAGCGCCACCUCUGAUCCACAGGGCUUCAAGACACACGAGGCCAUCUGGGAACUCUUCACCAGUGAGUGUGUCUACUUCCUGGAUCAGCUCAUGGUUCUCAAAGAGGUGUUUUUGGCUACGCUCACAAACCUGCACAUAAGGAACUCCCUGGCUGACGUUGAGACCUGGAGGUUGUUUGCAAACCUCAAUGAGCUUUGUCUGGUGAGCUUUGGUUUCCUGAACAACCUCCUCCGCGUCAUAAAGGACACGUUGGUGAUGUCAGAGGGCGGCGGGUCCACCCUGCCCCAGCUGCUGAGCAAGGCCUUCCAGGAGAGCAUAUGUCACUGUCUGCAGAAAUACUGCCUCAACUACUCCACUGCUCUGCUUUAUCUGGACAGCCUGAAGCCCAGAGAGGACUUUAGAUCUUACGUGAAGUGGUGUGAGAGGAACCAACAUUGCCGGAGGCUGCAGCUGCGCGACCUGUUGGUGGCGCCUUUGCAGAGGCUCACUCGAUACCCGCUGCUGCUGCGGAAUAUCGCCAAGAGAUACGAGACGGAGGACGAGACCAGAGGCCUGCAGACUGUAGCCGAGCAAGUGGACACAUCGAUAUGUGAUUUAGAGGGAAAGGUGAAAUGGUUGGAUAACUACCAGAAGGUGAAACAGCUGCGAGACGCCCUGGUGUGGCUGCCUGUGUGGGAGAGAGACAAGCGCUCCUUCGUCCCUGAGAAUCUGAAGCAUCUGUUAAAGACGGUCACUCUGGACAAUCUGAUCUCUCACAGAAGUCUGCUGCAUGAAGGGAAGCUGCUGCUCAUAGAGAACACUAAGCUGAUCGACGUUUAUCUGUUCCUGUUUGACGAAUUCUUGUUGAUCACGAGGCUAAAGAGAAGCAAAAAGAAGUCCACUGGUCCAGAACAGAAUCCUCUGAGGCUGCCACAGAACCUGGAGCUGGAUCAGCUGCUGAAGGAAGGAUGCACGUUCACGGUGCUUGACCAGCCCGUCUCUCUGGACCGACUCCAGCUCAAGAACAUCGAUCAGCUAAAUGCCUCAACAUCGGGGCUCCCUCACUCUUUCAUAAUCAUGCACCAGAACCGCUACCAGCAGUGUAUCGGUGCGUUCAUCCUCCAAGCCGCGUCCGAGUCUGUCAAGAGAGUGUGGGUGACAAAGAUAGAGGAGGCUGUGAUGGCUCUGCUGAAGCUGGACUCUCAGCCACCGCGAGUAAACAGCGCCUCACUGUGGCUGGAGUCGUCACAGAUAUGAGUCCACGUCCACGUCCUCCCCGUCAACUGUGCACUUCAUCAUCAUCAUCAUCAUCAUCAUCGUCGUCUCCCAGAGUCUCGUCACUGACUGUAGAAGCACUUGGAUCGUUUUGUAAACUCAACGUUUGCCUUUGAAGGCAACUGCCGCAUUAGUGUACAUUAAUUGAAUUAAAUGAAUUGUAAAAGAAA